AUGUCACACUUCUUCUACUUGACUCCACAAAUUCUUCUGCCCUUUAGCCCUCUUACUUCUCAAGAGUUUGAUCUGAUCAGACGCAAGGCUGGAGCAUCUUGGCAGGAUGAAACACGAUGGUCAGAUUCUUCCGUGACAACAUACACAGGCAGUUACCGGAAAAAACAACUGGACAAGUCCAUGUGCAGCCAAUUUUCUUUUAGAGCAGGACAACAUGAGCCUGAGUGUAAACAGAUGUCAUUGCCAAACAGUUCUGCCUGUCAUCUUCUCUGCUGGGCUGGUACCCAAGAGACUACAGAUGUCAAAGGACUAUUCCCUGAUAUAACCAGGCCCUUUAAAAAGUCAUUUGAUGUCAAGCAUGGAGUGGCACAUCAAAUUUGGGAUUUUGGUGAUUGUUUUCCAACACCUCCAAAUUAUGGAAAAUACUGUAUGAGACCUAAAAAGCCAGCACAGGAGGCCCUGAUAAACUACAGUCGACGAGGGAAAGGUGUCCUAAAGCAUCUUCAUGGACGGUGCGAUUCUGAAAGCAAGGUUGGCUCAUCUGAGGAUUCAGAAGCUGAUCGAUACUCCGAUUAUGGCUGGGGAAGACCCUCAUCGCCAUUUAACUGAGUUGGAAAAUGAAGCCACAAUGCUGGAGGCGUGGAGUUUGCUUAAGAAACAACUUUGAGGUAUGGGGCCCUCCCAACAACCCCCGCCCAGGAACGUCUGGACCCUGGCAGGCUGGCUUUCUGGGACAAUUCCAUGGGCUUCAUUUCUCAAUUUUUUCCCUUUUGAAUUGGUGCAGAGAGACAAAAGUUUUUAUAAUCUUUAUUAAAUUUUCCUUUUUAAAUAAA